AUGCUUGACAGUCUUGUGGGCACUCGAGCCUGUGCAGGUGGGCCCGAAUGCACUGUUGGCGCGUCGACCAGCGUGCUCGGGCAGCCGGGACCGUGUCGACAGCAGUUCACAGGCUCGUCUUGCCGCAUUGUCACGACUCGAACCGUCGUGAUGGGCGCCAGGAUUCGUCUCGUCAACCCUCGAGACAGAACCGCCUCGGGACCGGUCGUGUGUCGUCUGGCCGAGCGCAGCCGUCCACUGGAAGCCGGUUUCUGCGAGCCGACCGGCUCUUCCGAGGACGGAUCGGCAUCUCUUCCGUCAAUGCCCUUCCACACGGGACUCGAACACCGGGACCGCGUGUGCGUCGCGCCAGUCUCUCCGCCGGCCAAGCCCAUGGAAGAUUGGCUCUGUGGCGGCUCCCUGUCCAGUGGAAUGCCGUGA